ACCAUGGCUGAUACAAAGCCAACUGCCAGCAAUUCCACCCGUGGUAAAGCACUGAGGAAGCAACUGGCUACAAAAGCCCCUAGCAAGAGUGCGCCCUCGACUGGAGAAGUAAAGAAACCUUAUUGUUACAGGCCUAGUACCAUAGCACUAUGUGAAGUUAGACGUUAUCAGAAAUCCACUGAACUGAUUCGCAAACUUUCCUUCCAGCACGUGGUGCGAGAAAUUGCUCAAGACAUCAAAACAGAUCUGUGCUUCCAGAAUGCAGCUAUUGGUGCUUUGCAGGAGUCAAGUGAAGCCUAUCUGGUUGGCCUUUUUGAAGACACCAACCUGUGUGAUAUCCAUGCCAAGCGUGUAACUAUUAUGCCAAAAGGCAUUUACUUAGCAUACCGCAUACAUGGAAAACAUGCUUAA